AUCAAGCCUGUCCUGAAUUCAUAUGUACAUGUAGGGUAGAAAUCAAAAUCCCGGAACCGAAAAUCGAAAAUUGAUUGAGAUUCAAGAGGAACGUCAAACUUGGCAGCUGUCUGCGCUAUGGGAAAGACAGUAGAUAAACAUGAAGAUGAAAAGAAGCAUGAAAAGAAAGAGAAGUACGAGGACCGAGACAACGAGGAGGAUGAAAAUGGAAAGAAAGCAAAAGAAAAGAAGAAGAAAGACAAGGAAUGUGAAGAUAAGGCGGACACACAAGGUGGUGGAAAGGAGGAGAAGAAGAAGAAGAAGAGUCCUGAAGACAAGAAAGACCCGACAAAACUAAGAGCUAAGCUAGAAAAGCUUGAGUCCAAGAUGCAAGGUUUGGCUCUAAAGAAGGAAGAACUACUGAAACUCCUUGAUGAAGCUGAGAAAUCUGCCACAACAAACCCAAGUGCUUGAGAUUUGCAGAAGCUUCAUAUUCAAAAGACUGAGUUUUGUAUAUUGUCAUUUAUGGAGUGUUUCUUGUGAAUAAAGAAACCCAGUUUUG